ACACCUCCGUGGGGAACGGACGUCUCCUGUCUACUUUAAACGUUUCGUGUUUGAGCUUUGCCAUUCUCAUUAUGAAGUGUACUUUCGAUGUUCUUUCUCUCUGUGUCUAAGUGUCCGUGUUGUGUUUACAAAAAUAUCGUGCCCUUUACAGGAUGUUCUGUUUAUUAAUUGUGUUUAUUUUGAUCAACGGAAUGUCACUCAUUAUUUAGUAACUUUUAAAGGUACGAGACAUGUAAUAGACUGAGCCAGCUUGGCGCGGCGGAGCGGGCCGCGUCAUGGGGAACAAGUGCUGCAGCCGCCGCCAUGACCCUGAGAGACCAUUAGUGUACCCAGCGUAUAAGAAGAACGAGCCGGGGUUCACUGCGUGUCCGUCGCUAGAGACGCGCUACACCGGGGAGCCGAACAACCGAGCUGUCGCGCGGAGGCCGGCCGAUAUUGUGCGGACGAGAAAUCCAGGAGCAUGUAUAUCCAACGGUGGUCGGCGCGUUGUAAAAGCGCUUUGCGCUUACACGGCCCGCGCCGAGUCAGACAUAUCUUUCCGGAAAGGAGACCGGAUGGAAGUGUUGAGCGACGCCGAACCCGACUGGUGGAGAGUGCUGCACCUCACCAGCAGGCGGGAGGGUCUGGUGCCGGCCAACUUCGUUGCAGAAGAGAGCUCGGUUGAGUGUGAAGACUGGUUCUUUCCUCACGUGUCCCGCAAAGAGGCAGACAAACUACUUCUGGCUGACAUUAACCCUCGCGGGACAUUCCUGGUGCGGCCUGCAGAGCACAACCCCCACGGAUUCAGCCUCAGUGUGAAGGACUGGGAGGAGGGGCGAGGGUACCACGUGAAGCACUACAAGAUCAAACCGCUGGACAACGGCGGGUUCUACAUCGCCACCAACCAGACCUUCCCGAGCCUGCCUGCGCUCGUCAUGUCCUAUACGAAGAACGCAUUAGGUCUUUGCCAUGUACUGGCGAGGCCGUGUCCGAAACCUGAGCCACAGAUGUGGGACCUGGGACCCGAGUUGAGAGAUAAAUGGGAAAUACCGCGGAGUCAGAUUCAGCUCAUCAAGAAGUUGGGACAAGGGAACUUCGGAGAGGUGUAUUAUGGCAAAUGGUGUAAUAAUAUUGAGGUCGCCGUAAAAACCCUCAGAGAAGGCACAAUGUCUAAACAGGCUUUCUUACAAGAAGCUGCCAUCAUGAAGAAAUUCCGUCACAAAAGACUCGUCGCGCUUUACGCCGUGUGUUCUACUCAAGAACCAGUAUAUAUCGUGCAAGAGUAUAUGUGCAAGGGUUCCUUGCUAGAGUUCCUCAGAAACGGCGAGGGAAAAGCUCUCCACUUUGAGGAUUUAGUCUACAUAGCCGCUCAAGUCGCAUCCGGCAUGGAGUAUCUGGAAUCAAAACUAUUAAUACACAGGGACUUAGCAGCGCGAAAUGUCCUCAUUGAUGAGAAUAACGUAGCCAAAAUAUGCGACUUUGGCCUAGCUAGAGUCAUAGAAGAUAAUGAGUACUGUCCCAAACAAGGAUCGAGGUUCCCUGUCAAAUGGACUGCCCCGGAAGCAAUAAUUUACGGACGAUUUUCAAUCAAAAGUGAUGUCUGGUCAUAUGGAAUCCUACUAAUGGAACUGUUUACUUAUGGACAGAUUCCAUACCCUGGACUACAUGGUAAAGAAGUUAUCGAACAGGUUGAGAGAGGUUAUAGAAUGCCAAAGCCAGCGGGACAUUACUUACCCGAUGAUAUAUAUAGAUUGAUGCUUCAAUGCUGGGAUGCAAUACCAGAGAAGAGACCAACAUUUGAAUUCCUGAACCAUUACUUCGAAUCAUUCACAGUGACCAGUGAGAUACCGUAUAGAGAAGUUCAAGACUAGUGCUGUGAUAUAAAGUUUAUUAAUGUGACAAUUUAGUGACCUCCACUGGCAAUGGGAUGAAGCUGGAUUUUAUAUUUCAUGUAUCCCAUUGAAACAUAAAACAAUCAGCUCAUUAGCGGAAUUAAUAUUUCAGUUGAAUAAUUACUAUAUCGCAGUCGGAAGACAAAAAAUGUUUCCAAACGUGCCUACUGCCAAAUAACAUUAUUCGUUCAAGAUAGUGUCCAGUGUAAACACCUGUGUAUGAGUGAAACAGAACAUUAAUCAUAUGAUAGGGACAGAUUGAAAUAGGUCUCUUUACUUCAUGGCCAACGUAACAGGAACACAAAACGGUGUCUGGUAUUAAGUAAUAAUUCUGUAAAAAAUCAAUCGUUAUAAUUUAUUUUUUCCAACAAUUGUGGAAUCCAAAGAACUUACCACAAGACUUAAAGCUACGUAGGGUCCUUAGUGAGUGGAUUAUAAUAUGUGUGAUGUAGAAUAUAAGUCCACAUGUCAUAAUUCCUGUUGGUAUUUUUAUAUGGUGUUUAACAAUACAGGAAUGUUUGAGCUUGGUUAUUAUGGCUUGUUUAUUGGCUAAGUCUGAACAUUAUUGGCAAAAAUUAUGUCCAACUCGUUCUAAAUAGCUGUAGUUAUUGCAAACACUAUUUUCUUAUUUAUUAACUACUUGCAAUUAGCUUUAGGACAUAGAAUAUUGUUUGCAUUGAGAGCAAUAAUACAUAGUGAUUCGAUACAAUUUUUUUUUAUUAUUAUACAAUUAUAUUAUCAAAAAUUAUGUUAUAAGUUUCAUUGGAAUAACACAGGCAGUCUGCAGAAAAUUCAAAGAACUAUUAUUUUAACUUGUAGUUUUUGUUUAAAUGUCUUACCCUUUUAAGCUUUCACUUAGCAUACUUUUAUUUAUUUAUAAUCCAUUAUUAAUUGUUUGAAAUUGUAUAUAACAUAAAUUUAUAUUAUUCCUUGCUUUUGUUAAAAAUUUCACAUGUUCAAAGUAUUAUUCACAUUUGAAUGUGUCCGACAGAUCUCUGUCAGACACUUGAAUUGAAUUGAAGCAACAUCACGGUCCAAAUUUUCUUAAAUAGAUUUCAGGAAGUAGUAAAUCAACCUACAGAGUUAUUGAUGUAGCUAUAGGACCAUAUACCAAAGAUAUUGUACAUUAUGUUCCGAUAGUAUAAUAAGUGAUUAAUUUUAGUGUAAUUGUGACUAAUUUGACCAAUAUCCCACUUUCCGAUGUAUUUGAAUAAAUUGUAAUGAAACUCUUGACUGAUCAAAAGUAGUUACACAAAUAAUAACUUGCAUUAUAAGUAUUAUGUAUGAUGCUUUAGACAUGUAUCAACACUAAUAUUUAAUGAGAUUCAGAACCGUGUCCUAACAUUCCAAUUAUUCAAAUCACUUUAAACUUGGACACAUGUAUGGAAUAUAGAUUUAUAAGAUUUUGUACAUACAAUGAAAUAAAUGUCAUUGAUAUAUAA